CCAAUACCUUUAUUCGCUCUGUCUUCCGUUUGAGAUGGUGGCAAUGAAAUAUGACUACUGUUUUUUUAGUUUGGUUAAUUUGGGAUUCUGUUUUCUUUUGUGUUGCGUUUGAAUCAUGCUGUUGAAGUAUUAUGAGGAAGCUCUGCUUAUGUGAUUCGUAUUCUCGGAUAUUGUAAAAAUCAUAUUCGUUUGUUUAAAUUCGAGGUCAUAUUUUCUGGCUGCAUGUCGUCUAAAGUAUGAGUUCGUGAGUGUUCCAGAAUUUUUGCCUUAUGCAUUAAGAGAUUAAUUCACAUUCCCUUCGUGUAUUUACUGGUCAAAAACUUAUUCUGUGUUAUGUGGUAGAAUAGUCUAAACUCGUGUUGGAAGUCUCCCAUGAGUUGGAAAUUCUGUUAAGGUUAAGUUUUCUGUCAAUCUGCUUCUCUAAGUCUUUUAAUGUGUCUUGUUUGAUAUGCCUAACUAUCCAUGUAUGUUUGAUAGUAGCUAAGCAAUAAUAUCACCUUGGUUAACUCAGCUUAGCUCCUUCCCUUCAUUGUGUGAUCAGGCAGCUUGGUUUAUUGUCGAAAAUAUAUGGUCUGGCUUUAGUCAUUGAUGUUAGUUAGAUGAUGUUUUUUUGGGAAUUGAAAUCUGAAGUUUGAGAGGGAUGUGGUAAAGAAGUGCUACCUGUUAAAAAGAAAAACAAAAAAGGUAGAGAAAAUUUUCUAGUGUUAUAUAUCAUAAGGUGUUGGUUAAUCAGUUAACAACAUAUAGUAUUGUCACGUUUGUAGAUGUAGCAACUCCUGGCAAGAAAAAGCUUUAAAUUGAAUAGUUCACACUUAAUGGAGAAUAUAGGAUAUUGAGAAGUUAGCAAUCCUAUAUGAUCCAAUCAGACGUGAUUCGACCUUCAUGACACUACUCUGUUAUGCCAUGUUUUCAUAUUCUCUCUAGGUUCAAGUGGUGAUAGUACCAGCCUUUGUUGUGUGUUCUUUGAAUUAAGCUCAGUAGUGUUGUUGUAGAAUGGGUGUAGAUUGAGGAAUGCUUAGGUUCUAAUUACCCGACGAUAUAUGACAUCCUAGAUCUUAAAUUCUUUUCAACCCCAGUACUGAAACUGUCUUUUGCCCCUUUCUUUGCUUUGCCUAUGAUCCUCUAUUUUUUACAAACCAACAGCCCCCUUGAAAAAGGAUACGGGCAGAACAUAUUUCAGUUUCUGGUUUUGUUCUUUUUGCGUUUUGACCCUGCACAAUCCACUGGUCUGCUUUAAAUUUUUACAUCAUAUAUGGCUUGCCUCUCUCUAUGUUCUGUUAUUGGACUGGGAUUUAUUCCGUUAGUCAUUUAAAUUUAUCUAGGCUGCCAUUAUUUAUGUGAUGCUUUUUUUUAUCUAAGUUUCGGUUGUUGCUUUUUCUUUUUAUAUAUACUUGAAGUAUAGGUCUCAUAAAUCCUCACCGUACUAAUCCUUUUCUUUUUCAUUUUAUGCAUGACAUCUCGCAUACGAGUUCGAGGACUCGUCAUCUCCCGCAUUCGGUGUUGGGCUAAAAGCCCAAUGGAAUUUCCCUCGAGUCAGCCCCCAUCAGCCCAUUCGCAGCAAUCUGUUAAAAAUUCUGCUGGGCCGAAGCCCAACAGUAGCGGACAGCAACAGCCCUAUAAUGGGCUGAGCCUAUUUAAAUCAUUCUCACUCUUCUAUUUAUUUUUUGUGCCUUUAAUUUGUAUUGCGCAACUAGUACUUUACUUGAUUUGUUUGCUCUAUUUGUUUGUGUGGUAUUUGGUGAACAAUAAGACUAAUAACCGAUUUUAUUUAGUCAUGCUAAAUUUAUCUACAACUAGUAAAUUAAGGGAGUAUUUUUAUCACAGGUGGUAGUGUACUUCCUCAAGGGCAGUAGCUAAGAUAUUUUGGUUAUUAUAUAGAAUGUGAUUUAAGUUUAGAGAUUAAAAUCAACAACCCAACUGCUUGAGUAAAGGAAUUAAUUAUCGGACGAAUAAAAUAUCCAAGAAAUAUUGAUAAGUAGUAAUAAUCAAGAGUCCAUAAAGAGGAUACAUACAACAAUGCUGUUUAUUGGGGAUGAGUUAAGUGACACUUUGACCAUAGAUUUUAUGCAAUUCAGUUAACACAAAACAGAGAGACCCAAGUUGGAGAUUUUAAGAGAUUUAAGAUAUAGAGUUGCAUCCACAUUUUUAGCCUUAACUAAUUAAUCUAAGUCCGGUCGGUUAACCAUUAUUGAUGGAAUUUAAAGGAUGCCUAAUACCUUCCCUUUAGAUUAGUUGAACCCGUAUCUAGAAUCUUUUUUGGUUUCGUAGACUUUAUAAUAAUAUCAACUUUAGAUAAUUACUUUAAUUGACCUUAGGUGCCCUAAUUCACCGUAAAUAAUUAGGUGGCGACUCCCAACUUUAAUUAACCCCGGAAUUACCGGGAUGUUGUAAACUAUUUUGACUCCGGUUAAAACGGGGUAUGACAGUUACUACAUAUGCUUUAAGUGUUAUCUUUCAGUUAGAUAAGCUUUGUCAGUAUUUUGAUUAGUGCAAGCCUCCUAAUACAAGGAGUACUCUUAAGAAGAUAGUCACUGCAGACAUGUAUUUAAAUUUAUUGUGAUGUUCAAUACAAGAUACAGUUUUCCAUCACUUUUUCAAGUUUUUAUAGACCUCCAGAAGGCAAUUAAGAAAGUUGUUUUAGCGAAUUGACCCUUCUCAUUCAUUCAUUUUUCUGCAUUCCUUGUUAGGUGAUGGAUGAUAAAGUUGUACCAGAGCUUCCUGUGGAUGAUAAAACUGUAGCAGAGCUUACUAUCCCGGAAAAUGUUGCCAAAUCAUUUUUACUUGUGUCAAACUCAUCUUCUUUAGAAAAUGCACUAGAGAAGCUGAUAGAAGUUGCCAAAGAGGCGGGUGGACGGUUAGAUCUGUCAUCCAAAAGUUUUGUCACCACUGUUCUCCGUCUCUGCCAGUCUCUGUCAUCUAUCUCUUACCGCUACCUCCUUUUAUUGUCUCUUAAGUUACUUAGGAACCUGUGUGCUGGGGAGAUAAAAAAUCAGUAUGAGUUUCUUCAACAAAGAGGUGUUGAAAUUGUCAUGGAUGUUAUUACAUCUGUAGGACUUACUCCUGAUCCUGAUUGUGCGAUUAUUCGAGUUGGGCUGCAACUUCUGGGGAACUACUCUGUGGGUGGGGGAGAACGUCAAUGUGAUGUAUGGUACCAAUUGUUUCCUCAUAAGUUCUUGAAAUUUGCUGGAGUUAGAAGCAGAGAAAUAUGUGAUCCUUUAUGUAUGGUCAUUUACACUUGCUGUGAUGGUACUGAUGCACUGCUAAAAGGUUUAUGUUCGGAGCAAGGGUUGCCCAUUCUGAUAGAAAUUUUACGUACUGCAUCAGCCGUUGGUUUUAAAGAAGAUUGGUUAACGCUGUUGCUCUCAAAAAUUUGCAUUGAAGGCUCCUACAUUUCGUCAAUUUUCUUCAAAUUACAUUCAUAUCCUUCCAUUGAGAACAAUGGUGUUGUUACACAUGUAGCUGAUCAAUUUGUUAUUGAGCAACCUUAUCUGUUGAGUGUACUUUCAGAGAUCUUGAAUGAGGGAAUAGAGCAUAUUGUUGUUUCUGAUGAUUUUGCUUUAAGUAUCUUUGGGAUAUUGAAGAGUGCUGCUGUGGUUGUUGACUUUUCAAUAAGAGGGAAAGGUGGUCUUCCGACGGGGUCUGCUCCUAUUGAUGUUCUAGGAUACUCUGUCACCAUCUUGAGAGAUAUUUGCGCUUGUGAUCACUUGACAAGCUCUAAGGAAAAAAGUUCAAAGGAUGUCGUGGACGAACUUGUUUCCUCUGGGCGUAUUGAAUAUCUUUUGGACUUGCUUCGAGAUCUUGAACCGCCAACGACAAUCAGGAAAGCAAUGAAGCAGGAUCAGAUCAAGGAGGAGACAGUAUCUUCUUCAUUUAGGUGUUGUCCGUACCAAGGUUUCCGGAGAGAUAUCGUUGCCAUCCUUGGAAAUUGUGCUUAUAGGAGAAGGCACGUCCAAGAUGAGAUUAGAGAUAAAAAUGGGAUCCUUCUACUGCUACAACAGUGUGUUGUAGAUGAAGAUAAUCCUUUCUUAAGGGAGUGGGGAAUCUGGUGUGUGCGAAACCUAUUGGAAGGAAAUGCAGAAAACCAACGAGCUAUUGCUGAUUUGGAGCUUCAAGGAACUGUUGAUGUUCCAGAACUUGUUGGACUUGGGCUUCGAGUAGAAGUUGAUCCCGCAACUCGACGUACAAAGCUUGUAAAUGUUCCAUGAUAUGUUAAGAGAUGAAAGUAAAAGUUGUCGCUCCUGGAAUUGACAAACUGAUUGUUCAGGAGACUUGUUUCUGGUUUGGCUUAAGAGUGAUUGACAGGUUUAGGGAUGGCCCAUAAGAGAGUACAUAACAAGGAAUAAAGGAGGUGGGUAUCACACCAAGGUAUGAAGAUUAUGUUGAAGUUGUGGAGGUAAAGAUGCAAAGAAUAUGGCAAAAUGGACACGAUGAUUCUAGUUCUCCUCCAGACCAACCUUUAUGUAGUAUGUGAAUGUUUUCUUUAAUGUUUAAAACAUCUUCUAUCUCAUUUGUAAAAAGGAUAAUUUAGCUAAGAGAAAAGGCUCGGAGUGACCCUAGCAAGAAACAUUUCGGAUGGGGAUAUUCCUAGCUGAUUGUAAAGUCAAUAUCCUCUACAUAAAUUAGCUAUGAGUUUAGUAAUCCAAGCUAACAUUUGCAAAUGUUGCCUUGCAAAACGUCAUAGCUAAAUUAGCUAUAACCAAUAUCUUUAGCUAAAAUCAACUAUGGAUGUCCGGCAAGGGUCAUUUAGCUAGAACAGCAUUAGCAGGAUUCUACAAGUUAGCGAUUUCGUCUCUAGUUAAUUCCAUGUAAAUUUUAAUAUUGUUAGACUUGUACCGUUCGAAUUCCGUGUGCAUAGUGGAGUAUAUCGUUACUAAACUCA